UCUUCCCCACGAAAUCUUCCCGGCAAAAUCGAAAAUUUUCCCCAAAUCUUCCCCCCGCACGGCGCCCUCGCCCGCGCGCUCCUCCUUCCCUCGCAAGCCGCCGCCAAUUCCAUUCCAAUUCGAAAUUUCCCAACCCUAUAAACCACCUCCCACCCCUGUCCUCCAUUCCCCACACCAAAACCACCGCCAGCCCCAAAAUCCCACAAAUCCUCUCACCCAAAGAUCCUACCUUUCGAUUCCCGAGGAUGCCUGCCGCUCUCUCCCUGGUUCCGGCGUGCGACGCGGAGGAGCCGCUGCUGGCCGAGUCCUCCGACCGCUUCUCCAUGUUCCCCAUCCGGUUCCCGCAGAUCUGGGAGUUCUACAAGAAGGCCGUGGCCUCCUUCUGGACGGCCGAGGAGGUGGACCUCUCCUCGGACGCGCGCCACUGGGACACCACCCUCACCGACGGCGAGCGCCACUUCAUCUCCCACGUGCUCGCCUUCUUCGCCGCCUCCGACGGCAUCGUGCUCGAGAACCUCGCGUCCCGCUUCAUGUCCGACGUGCAGGUGGCCGAGGCGCGCGCCUUCUACGGCUUCCAGAUCGCCAUCGAGAACAUCCACUCGGAGAUGUACUCGCUGCUCAUCGAGACCUACAUCCGCGACGCCGCCGAGAAGGACCGCCUCUUCCGCGCCAUCGACACCAUCCCCGCCGUGCGCCGCAAGGCCGACUGGGCGCUCCGCUGGAUCGACGGCGGCGAGCGCUUCGCGGAGCGCAUCGUGGCGUUCGCCUGCGUCGAGGGCAUCUUCUUCUCGGGCUCCUUCUGCGCCAUCUUCUGGCUCAAGAAGCGCGGGCUCAUGCCGGGCCUCACCUUCUCCAACGAGCUCAUCUCGCGCGACGAAGGGCUGCACUGCGACUUCGCGUGCCUCCUCUACGAGAUCCUCCGGGGCAAGCUGGACGAGUCCCGCGUCUUCGAGAUCGUCAGGGAGGCCGUCGACAUCGAGCGCGAGUUCGUCUGCGACGCGCUCCCCUGCGCGCUCGUCGGCAUGAACGGCGACCUCAUGAGCCAGUACAUCGAGUUCGUCGCCGACCGCCUGCUCAUGGCGCUCGGGUGCGGCAGGCUCUACAACGCCACCAACCCCUUCGACUGGAUGGAGCUCAUCUCCCUGCAGGGAAAGACCAACUUUUUCGAGAAGCGCGUCGGCGAGUACCAGAAGGCAUCCGUCAUGUCCAACCUCAACGGCGGCGCAGCCACCCAGCACGUCUUCAGCAUCGACGAGGACUUCUGAUCUCUCCUGUUUCUUUCAUGUUCAAGUAUUGCCCUGUGUGGUCGCUCCCCCCACAAUCACUAGAGCUCUAGGCUCAUAGCAGUAGCAGUAAUACAUGUACCGGGUGCUCCAUAGUGUUUCCGUUGUUUUCUCGCUGGUUCUUGUUCGUGGUGUAAUGUGUAUUGUAAUGAAUCAAGCUAUCAUUACUUCUGAAUAAACAUCAUGUGCUUGCUU